AUGGGCUGCUUCACAUUUGUCAAAGUUGUGAUGGUUGUUUUCAACUUGCUUAUCUGUCUGGCCGGCAUGUGUUUGGCGGCUGCAGGGAUAUGGGUGACAGUGGACGGAGAUUCCUUUAUGAAAGUUUUGCCACCCUUUACUGAUGAUUUCAAGACUCAUGUCAAUGUAGGAAUCUUCAGCAUCACUAUUGGAGCAGUUAUGACUCUGCUUGGACUGCUGGGGUGCUGUGGAGCUCAGAAAGAGAGCAAAUGCCUUCUUAUAAUGUUCUUCUCCAUCAUCCUGGUCAUUUGCAUUGCUGAGACAGCAGCCGCAAUAGUAGCCCUGGUCUAUUCCUCAUACACUGAGAUCAUUCUAAAAACGUGGGCCACACCUGGACUGAAGGAACAGUAUGGAAAAGAUGAAAUCCUCACGGACUUGUGGAACUCAACCAUGACAACAUUGCAGUGCUGUGGCUUCAGUAACUACACAGACUUCUCUGAAUCCUAUUACUAUGAGCAGAAUGGAGCCCUUUACCCUCCUACCUGUUGUGCAGGUCUGGAGCUCUUCCCCUGUGACAACGACAAUGCAGAUUUCAGCAAUGUGGUGGGCUGUUAUAAACAAAUUGUUAAGAUCAUCCAGAGGAAUGUCAACAUUGUGGGAGGAAUAGCUGCUGGAGUCACUGCCAUUGAGGUGGCAGCGAUGGGGGUGUCUAUGUACCUCUAUUGCUACCUGGACAAAAAAUCCACCUGAAAGUGUC